AUGUCGGGUCGACGGAUGUGGAGUCUCGGGUCCAAGCGCCCGAGCACAGACGGAGGCCGAGGGGUGCGCUACACGACCUGCCGCCCCUCGCACGACGACGAGCUGGAGGACAUCGCCAUUGUGUCGAACCCCGACCCGGGCCAGGUCAAGUACGGGUCAGGAUCCAUCACCGCCAACGGGCCUCGAGUCGUACCAGGGAUCAUCACAUCUCGCCACCUGACCGAGCGCCUGAGCAUCUCCGGGACGCGCAUUAACAGCGGCUCCCCCGUCUACAUAGAGAAGACCGUUCCCGACGCCCUCAAAGGCAAGUCCGUUUCCCGCCAGUCCCUGCUCGACAUCGUCUCCUCCAAGAUCAGCAUAGGAAGUCGGAAGAGGUUUUCAAGAGACUCGUUUUCGGCGUCCUACGUGAACAGAACCCAUGUGGCCUCCGAGCUGGACAUCAGCAGAAAGACGCGGGAGGCGCGCAAGAAGGAGAUCAGGAGCAAGCUGCGGCUGGAGACGUGGGAGCCCAACUCGAACAGCUCGGACAAGAAAAUGGGAUGUAGAUGGACUUUCGUUUUCGAUCCUGCGGGGAGACUCUGUUAUUAUUGGUCAGUCGUUGUGUCUCUAGCGUUUUUAUACAAUCUCUGGGUGAUGGUUUAUCGAUUCGCCUUCCAGGAGAUAACCAAAGAUACUAUCCUCGUGUGGUUUUGUUUGGAUUAUUUUGCUGAUCUUAUAUAUGUUUUGGAUAUAGUAUUCCAUUUCCGCACGGGUUACCUAGAAGAUGGUGUCUUACAAACUGACUCACGAAAACUUCGUCAACACUACAUGAACUCUACGACAUUUUACAUUGAUUGUUUAUGUUUGUUACCGUUAGAUUUCUUAUACCUCUCAAUAGACUUUAAAUCAAUAUUAAGAUGUUUCCGUCUUGUGAAAAUAUACAAAUACUGGCACUUUUUAGACCGAACAGAGAGACACACCAAUUCACCUAACCUAUUCCGUUCAAUAAGUCUGAUCCACUACCUGCUGGUCAUUUUCCACUGGAAUGCUUGUAUUUUCUACAUGAUUGGCAAAAACGAUGGAUUCAGCUUCAAGCCAAGAUUCAUCUACUCCAACUCCAGUGAUGACAUUUUGGAGUACCUGAAAGCUUUCUAUUGGUGCACACUUAGUUUAACUACAAUCGGCAGUGUCCCUCUGCAUGAUUCUUUCACCAACGGCACUUAUAGUUCCCUGGACAUGCGAACCAAGACGGAUUACCUCUACCACAUAAUCCAGCUCAUGUUCGGCCUCCUGCUCUUCGCCACAGUGCUCGGCCACAUCGCCAACAUCGUCACCAACGUCUCGGCGGCUAGGAAGGAAUUUCAGGCCAAACUUGACGGUGUGAAGACGUACAUGCGCAUGCGGAGAGUCCCUGCACACCUUCAGGGAAAAGUCAUCAAGUGGUUCGAUUACCUCUGGCUCACGCAGAAGUGCUCAGAUGAGGAACGAGCUGUCAGCUGUCUGCCAGAUAAAUUAAAAGCUGAGAUGGCCAUCCACGUGCACCUGGACACCCUCAAGCGCGUGGAAAUAUUUCAGAACACCGAAGCUGGAUUCCUCUGCGAGCUCGUCCUCCACCUUCGACCUGUGCUUUUCUCUCCCGGCGACUACAUCUGCAGAAAAGGAGAGGUUGGGAAGGAGAUGUACAUAGUCAACCGCGGUCUGUUGCAUGUCGUGGCGGACAACGGCAAGACGAUGCUGGCCACGCUCAAGGCCGGCUCGUACUUCGGUGAGAUCUCCAUCCUCAACAUGGGAACGGCAGGUAAUCGGCGGACAGCCUCAGUGAGGUCAGUGGGCUACAGCGACUUGUUUGUGCUUUCGAAGAAGGACAUGUGGGACGUCUUGAAGGAGUACCCGGCAGCUCGCGUCCGCCUGGAAGCCAUAGCAGCUAAGAGACUGGAAAAGUACAAAAAGGCUCCGCUGGAGAAAGGUUGGUUGUUGGUGUUCUUGCCUGAAAGGGUCAGCCAGUUACCACCCCAUCACACGACAUGCAGAGUCAAAGCUUAA